AUGAUCGCCCUUCGCACGCCCUUUCUGUCUCUGCUCUUCCUAAUCCUCGCGGUCUCCAUCGACAACUUCAACGGUCUACCAAGAACCGGUGUGUCGGCAGCGCCCUUGAUCGGAGAUCGUGUGAGCACCGAAGGAAAGCUGUUGGAGCGCUCUCCGCGUCCUGAACCUUUCAGAAACCCGCGAGUGGGUAUUGUGGUGAAGACGGGUCAACCGAACCCUGCGACUUCGGCCAGAGACGUGCAGGGUGGCUCGAGGGCCGGGGUAAAUGCGAUUGGGAGGCGAAGUAGCUUUCAGGAUGUAGAAGCCGGCAAGGGCGGAUUGAUCGUUCCCCUCAGACAUCUCCCUCCUCGGGGUGAAGAUGCUGGUCUGGUCCUUCAAGUGCAUCUGAAUCGCGCCGUCUCAAAGCUAGCCCGCAUGACUGCUCGAGCCGCUCCGACCUCCGAGGAGCUCUUCGCUUCCUUGGCUCGCAGAAGAGAGCAAAGCAUUUUCUCGGCCAACAAGCGCUAUUUCCGUCCUCACGAGGGCGAACAUCCUCUUCCGAGAGCCGAACACUCCCCGCCACUUCCAUCCCAACGAGCAGCGGCAGUCGGCCAACGUAAGAGGGCGCCAGAGCCAGAGCCCGUCAAGUUUGCGAAGGGCAAACAUGGUCGCAUCGGUGUGGUGAUCCAGCAUCGCGAUUCGGAAGAGUUGGGAAGACGCUUGCUGGAUAGUCUCACGGGUCUCUUGGGUGGCAGUGAGAGCGCAGCUGCAUCGGCAGCAUCUACUGCCAAAGCUGGCGUCACAGCAGCAAAGGCUUCGAGUUCGUGCAAGGCGAAGUCUGCACCGCAGGCCGCUCCCACCACGUCGAAGACGAUAACGGAGCAAAAAUCCAACGCUGCUGCGCCGAGCAAAAAGUCAGCGGCUGACGCUGACGGCAGUGCGGGAUAUCCCAAGGCUGCUCUGGAUGCAGCAGCCGCUGGCGGUCUAAAGAACGCGUCGAGUCCCAGUGCUCAGCAAAGUCUGGGCCUCGAUAUUGAGGCCAAUGACGUGGGCUACGUCGCGACAAUCCAAAUCGGUAGCGAGAACACGCCUUUCCGUAUGCUAGUCGAUUCUGGCUCCGCUGACACAUGGGUGGGAAGCACCAAAUGCGACAAUUGUAGCGGAGUCCAUCAAAAGCUCGGCAAAAGCGUCUCGAAGACCUUUCAAGGAACCACGAACCCUUUCAGCAUCACGUAUGGUACCGGCUCGGUCUCUGGCAUACUGGGGCGAGACGACGUGUAUAUCGCUGGGAUGAAGCUGGCAAACCAGACGCUCGGCCUGGCACGCAAAGAGACGACCGAUUUCAGCGAUCCUGGCGUCCCCUUCGAUGGGCUCAUGGGUCUUGCAAAACAAGAGCUGGCUAAUAGCAAGAGUCCGACCCCAAUCGACGCUCUCUACAGCGCGAAGUUGGUGCCUGCCCCGGUCAUGGGAUACCACCUGGGUAGAGCCUCCGACGCUGACAAUGACGGCGAAGUGACUUUUGGCGGCGUCGAUGCGAGCAAGUAUCGUGGUGCUUUGAAAGAAGUUGGCAAUGUGUCGAAGCAAGGCUUUUGGGAGAUCAACCUGGAUGGAGUGACCUACGACGGCAAAAAGAUCUCUUCGAUCAGCGGCACCGGCAAAUCUCAGCGCACAGCGAUCCUCGACACUGGCACAACGCUCAUCGUCGCCCCUCAAGCUGAUGCCGACGCUGUCCAUAAUGCCAUCAAGGGAUCCAAGCCGGACGGACAGGGCGGCUACACCAUUCCCUGUACCACAUCCGGCAAGCUCUCCUUCAGCUUUGGCGGGCAGGACUGGGAGAUGAGAGCUGACGACAUGAAGUUCUUGCCUGUGGACUCGAACAAUCUCAAAGGAGACUGCAUCUCGGCCAUCUCGUCUGGUGAUGUUGGCCAGGCAAACGAGUGGCUUGUAGGAGCGGCUUUCCUGAAGAAUGUCUACCUUGCUACCAACACCAAAAGUAACAGCGUUGGGCUUGCUACCCUCACCUGA